GAAACACCUCUGAACAUAAGACAGUUUUUGGUUGGUUCUUAAAACAUGGAACUUUACAACCGGAGAUUGUUGCUGCAAAACGAGGAUCUUCCAAUCUUCACACACAUACCUCCUCUCCCUCACAUCCAAGCGCCACCACCACAAUCCUCAACCUUCGGAAACCCUUUGCAAUUAUCCAUACGUCCAAUUUUCGCUUCCAGCGUUGCAUAUGCUUUCCUCAUCUUCUUCACAGCCCUUUUCUUCAUCGGCUUCAUCUUGUUAUACAUCCGUCAAUUCUCCGCCUCGCACUCAUUCCGCCGCCACGUUCCAUCGUGCCGAAGUGUGGACCCCGCCGUGGCGAAGUCCCUGCCGGUGGUUUCCUACCGCGAAGACGCGAAGCAAGUAGAGUGCGCGAUAUGUUUGGAAGAGUUCGGAGACGGUGACGCGGUGAAGAUGAUCCCUCACUGCAGGCACGUGUUUCACCCGCAAUGCAUUGACACGUGGCUCGCUUCGCACGUGACGUGCCCUGUUUGCCGGUGCAGCGAGUUGUGUGAAGAAGGAACGAAUGGAGAAGAAGGAAGAGAGGUGGGGUCGGUGUCAGUGAGAGGGGAAGAAGGGACAGUGAUGGCUACAAGUUUGGAUUAA